ACCAAACGUCGCGUCGAGCUUCAUCGACGCGAUUGUUGUUUGCUCGUGCUUAUUAUCUACUCUCAUCAAAUCAUUGUCUGAACCCACUAAAAGAGCUUCUUUUGCCAAAGAAUAUUGACUGAACUUGUGUCUGAUUCGUCUUCCCGUCCCUAAUUGAAUAUUGCAACAAUGGCAUAUAACGGCAUCGCUCAUAAGUACUCCAAACGCCUCAUCGCAUUCGAGCACAACCCUCGCCCACUAUCCAGCGCAGCGCCAAACACUUUGCUCUGGGUCGGAGGCCUAACAGAUGGCCUCCUCACCGUUCCGUACCCCUCCGCCAUCGCCAGUAAACUUCCAUCUGACUGGGUCAUAUCCGAAGUCCUCAUCUCCUCGUCCUACAAAGGCUGGGGUACUGGUAGCCUCGCUCGCGAUGCGCGUGAGCUCGGCGAAUGCGUGUCCUACUUUAGGAAGCUACGGCCAGAGACGAAGGUUGUAAUCAUGGGCCACUCAACGGGAUGUCAAGAUAUCAUGGAAUAUCUGCUUGGGAAGGGACACGAGGGGAGGGAGCCAUUGGACGGGGUCAUACUGCAGGGCGGUGUCAGUGAUCGAGAGGCAUGGGAGGACUACUAUAAAGAAGGGGAGAAAAGGAAAGAGCUGGAAGAAGCGAUUAGGAAAUCUAAGGAGUUGAUCGAUAUGGGCAAAGCCAAGGAGAUCUUGUCGCCCGAGAGCAACGCUGUAUUCAAGGAUAUGGGGGGACCACUCAACGCAUACCGGGCAUACUCCCUCCUCGCAAAGGGUGGAGAUGACGACUACUUCUCGAGCGACCUUUCCGACGAACACUUUGCGACAACGUUUGGCAAAAUCCCGAAGAGCACGCCGGUAUGCUUCCUGCUAGGAUCCAAAGACCCGUAUGUGCCUGCAAAAAUCGACAGAGCAGCAUUGCUUCAGCGCUGGACAAGGAUAAUUCGCGAAGGCGGCGGGGUUGUAGAUGACGAAGAUGGUGGCGUGAUUCCAGGGGCACACCACAAUCUUGACGAUGACCCUGAAGAAGUAGUCCAGGAUCUUGUCAAAAGGGUAUGCGGUUUUGUUACCGGGCUGGACAAGGACACAAGCCCCAAGUGGAAGAAGGCUGGGUCUCACCUUUGAUUCCACUGCGAUCACUGCAUGGUAAUAUAGUAUUGAACAAUGCUUCAAUGCGCAUCCAUCCUUGGAUUUGUGAUCUGGUACCGCAAUCACGCUCCUGUCACAACCAUAGGACGAUAGAGUGCGCAACGCGCCAUCGCAACAGAUGACAACCCUCCACGUGUGGUGCGGUCCUGUCAUCGAGACUCGUGUUGAGCUGACAUGCGAUCCGGAGAGUGGACAUUGUCUAACUCAGACUGUGUGAAUGUUUGUUGGCCAGGAUAAAGACAUAUACAGACGACGAAUAUAGGGCUAUAGACUUCUUCAGUACGAUGUAUUAUCGCGUGCUCUAAGCAUCGCCAUGCCCCUCGGCU